AUGCCAAUAUUAUGUCAACGACAACAACGAGGACCUUAUGUAACUAAGGCAUGCACAAAUUGCCAACAGAAACAUGUAAAAUGCACCGGAAAAGCAACUUGUAAAUAUUGCAUGUCGCGAAAUCUUGAAUGUACUUUUAUUAAUUCGGGUAAAACACGCGGACCAAAGCCAAGAAAACAAUGGAAUUAUGUUCUUAAUAAUUCUGAUAUUAACUUUGAUGGAAGAUUUAUGCCACACUCUGUAACUCCCAACAUCGUGCAGGGUCACACAUUGACUUUUCCAGAUAAUAACCAUACUUUUUAUUCCAAUUCUUACGAUGAAUUCCAAAACAUCCACACUCCUCAAGAAAUCAUUCCUUUACUUUAUCAAACUCAUACUGAUAACACUGGCUAUUUUAUGCAAAAUAACCAUUUUAAUUUAUAUUAA